AUGAUCACUAAUUCAGCAAUAGCUCCUGAGAUUACUACAGCUCUUCAACCAAGAAAGCCUCUUGACGCAAACAGAUAUGCUACAAAAAAGACAAUUGCUCAGGGAAUGUUGGAUAUUGCCCUUCUUACUGCAAAUGCAUCGCAGCUCAAAUAUAUACUUCAGAUUGGGGACAAACAUGAAUUUUAUUCAUUAAUGCUUGGUCUCAUUACAACUUCAAUUAUUCUACAGAUGUGCGUGGGUAUCCUGUUUCUUAUAAUUGGUGGACUGGACAUCAACAUUCCAGGAGAUCAUCUGCCUGCAAAUAUUAUUAAUGAUAUUAUACUAGUUUUAGUUUUUGUAAUAUCUGUAGUAAAUGUUGUAAUUUCUGGUUUUGGAAUGGAACAUUCUAGUCAACCAUUAGAAAUAGUUAGACCGCAAACAGCUUAGCAAAUUAUUGUAAUGAAAAAAUCCAUUUUCAAACGGCAAAGAAUUUAUCUCUUAAAAUAUUCCAGUGAGGUUUCAAACAUGAUGUAUUUGUAUUUUAACAAUAAGUGUAACAUUACUGGAAAUUUAAUGCCAAGAACAUAUACAGAGAAUUGUUUUAAUUGUAAACGAUCAUGACUGACAUAUAUAACAUAGAUCUGAUUAUGUUAUAAUAAUUAUAAAACUAACAGAAUCGAGAGAAAAAUAGGAAAGAGUAGCUUGAUGGAGGAGAUAGCAAUUUCUGUUCUUUAAAAAUGAAAGAUCGUAGCAAGAACAUGUUAAAUGUAUCUAUAUCAUUUUUAUUCAUUACAAAAAUACAUGCCA